AUGGCUGACCAUUUCACUGGUCGGCUGAUAAAGCUGACCAACAUGAAUACAAAGAUGGAAUUGCCUAGCGAUCAGUUGCGGAAUUUCAUCAAUAAUUCUUUAUUUUUCGAAAGUAAGGUUGGAGGAUUGUCAGAUAAGGUAAAAUUUAGAAGGAAGAAGUAUUAUUUGUUUUAUUUUUAUCAUUCAGGAAGCGAUAGAUGUGUUGAUUGCUGUUGAGGACGAGGCGAAGUUGAGGAUAGCGAAUGGCUUGAUUUAUCGCGGAAUAACAUCGUUCGACAACCCCGAACAGUUCAAAAAGGUUCAAAAAUAUUGUUUUUUUCUGCGAAGAAUUAGGAUUUUUAGACCUUCAUAUAUAUAAAUGGCGUUGGUCUUGGGUAUUGUAAUGCAGUUUUGACCGCUUUGAACGUGGUUUUGUUUGGUAAGAUUUUUUUUUAAGCAAAAAUAUUAAAUCGAAAAUGUUCUUUUACAGAUCUUUGGCCGCAUAUUGUCGAGGCUUGUAAGGACCAAUAUUUAUUAAUGUUGAAGGAAACAGUGAGAAUGAAUGUUAAUAAGGUUUAAGAAGCUUUUGAAACGAUUAUUAUCGAUAUUUUGAAUUAUUUAGAUUGAAAAUGUGAUGAUGAACGCGGUGCGUGUUCUGAAUGGCACUGGAGAGUGGAAUUCGAAAGUUCGGAUGGCUUCCCAGGUUAAUCAACUUUUCAGUUUAAAAAAGGGCACAAAGUGAGAAAAAAUCGAGUUUUCUCUGGUAAAAAUGACGAUCUAGCAAAUUAAAGCUCAAAAGUCCUAUCUUUUUCGCUUUUUUGAAAGUACAUAGAUUUUGAAGUACGAAAAAAGGUAGAAAAGUUUGUAGGAUCCUUUGGUAAAUAGAGUUUACCAAAGGAACUGAAAAAUAUCGUUUUUUGGGCUUUUAGAGACUAUUCAGCAUAUCUUUGAAUUAUACCGUCAAAAUAGGAACUUUCAGUUUUUCGUUUCGACAUUUCUGUGCAAAGCUUGCUUUGAUGGAACGGGAUAAUAAUCUUAACCGAAAAAAUUUCAUUUUCAUUAAAGAAAAUACGUUUUCCAUGAAUGAUCGCCUGUAUUAAAAGCAUCAGAUUCAUGAUUUUCUCCAAAUCUUCAUAGUUCUGAAUUUAAAGGAGAAUAAUGCUUCGAUUGAAAAUUCGCAGGGAGUUCUGAGAGAAAACAGUGGAAAGGGUUAUUUAAUGCUAUACCAAUAAUUUAGAUGUAUAAUUUUUCAUUAGAAAAACUUUUUUUGGGGGGUGAGAUACUCAAUUUUCCCGAGAAAAAAAUAUAGCUUUCGUAAAAAAAUCCGCUUUCCAAGCAUUAUCAUUAGAGAUUUGAGAUACAUUUCAUGAUUUUUGUUUGAGAUUUUUUUCAGAGCUCUUGAAAUAAUAUCAAAAUAAUAUAUUAUCGCGAGGGAAUUUUUCCAGGAUAUUCCGAAAAAAAAAAAAUGAAUCAUCGAUAAUAGCCGUUGAUAAAAAAAGAAUAUUGGGCCAAAUAUUUGAUUUUCGAAAUUUUUGAAUUGAUAUCAAGUAGAAAAAUUUUUUUCCGAGUGAAGUUUCUCAGAAAAAUUUUAAGGAAAGACAAAGAAAAAAAUUGGAUUUUCAAAGCUAAUUUCCCAAGUUUGUUAUUGAAAAACUUUUAUCCAAAAAAAGCUGACCUAAUCUUGAAAUUUCAUCAUUUUUUUCACCCAUUUUUUUCAGCUCGCCACCCUCUUUAUGGAGAACGAGCAGUGGCUUCUGGGCCUGAAAGCGUGUCCCGGCCUGACCACUUCAGUGAUCUUGGUCUUCUCGCAUUUGAUCGUCGACGCCCCCGUUCCGAUGACCCAACAAGACACCUUCCGAUCCGCUCUCAUCAACUGCGUCAUUUUGUUCAUCAAGUAGGUUUUCGAGGGUUCUUUUAUUUAGAAAAAGAAGCUCUAGAAACAAGAAAAUUUGUUUUUCGAAAAUUUUCUGACUGUAUUAACUUUUUUUUUUCCGAAGUUCUUUGUUUUAACGUUAAUAAUUAACUUUUUCCAUCCUGUUAAAGUUAUUAGUUUUUUUCUGGAGAAAGUUGUUUUUCUGUUCAAUAUUAUAGAUAUUUUGAAACUUCUAGCUUUUUUGCUUUAUAAAUGGUUAGGGGACCUGAAACGCGAAUUGACUGAUUUUUUUAUGCAAACUUCUUUUCUGUUCCAUUCGGUUAUUUUUUCAUCAUUUAAAGCUCGUAAAAAAAUUUUUUAAACCAAUUUCGAAGAAAGUUGAUUUUUCUAUUCAGUUUGGCGUUUUUUUUUUUGAACUUUUAGGAUGGAUUUUUUUCAAAUUCUAUCCUUCAUAAAUGUAUAGGAGACCUACUUUCAAAGGUUAGACUAUUUUUUUGCAUUUUUUUCUUCGAACGAAAUUCUAAAAUCAAGUUUGUUUUGAAAUACUGCGAGAAAGAGACAGAGAAGCGAUUCAAUUUUUUUUUCGAGUUUCACCUGUCUACUGUUUUAAUUAUUUUUUAAGAAUCAGAUUUUGAAAUUUCAGAGGCCGUCGCCACGAAGUGAUAAUUCUCGGCCGAGAUUUCCUGCUUGUCCUUAUCAGAUUGUCGAGAAUCCCCCAAUUCGAAGCGAUUUGGAAGAAGUUCGCCGAAGAUCCCAAAAUGUUCAAUGUCACCGGUAACCGAUGAUUACCGAUUAUUAUCUGUCGAUAAUUGUUUUGAGGCAUCGAGGACAUGCUCCUGAGGUCGUGUCUCGCCUCGAACACUCGUCUGUCGGCCGAAGUUCAGAUGAAGAUCGAUUUCAUGCUGAAUAGCUGCCGAAACGUGGCUCCUCACUGGAAUUGGCUGACUUAUUCGGUGGGUUCUGGGGAGAGACACGCAUUUUUUAGAUUUUUGUAGCGAAAAGGUGAAGAAUUCAGAACGACAUUGGUAAAAACUGAUUUUCUCAGAGGGAAAUCACGGAAGUUUGUAGAGGUAAAAAGAAAAAUGUUUAACCUAUGAAAAUUGUUUUUUAAAGAACCUCAGGCAGAAAUUCUGAAUCUAUUUUUGUUAGUUGGAAAAAUCUGAGACGUCAAUCGUGUUGAUAUCGAAAAUUUGAGAUAUUUUCUGAUUGAAAAAAUAAUAUUUUUUCCCGAAUCUGAGUACAGAAAGUCAUGAGAUGUUUCUGAGGAAGUUAGACAAAUUGAGAGUUUUUUUUUUUUUUUGUGAUCAACGGUUUUUUAAUUCUGAUCAUUUUGGCCUUUUUCAGGAGAAAAUUAGUUUUUUUUUUCUGAAAUGUCGCGUUUUUGGAAAAAAUAACCAUAAUUUUCUUCUCUCUCAAUGAAAGUAUUAUGAAAACUUGCUGUUUCAUUUUUUUUUUCCAACGACUUCGAAAAAUUGCUUAUUUGCAGCACCUCCGCGGCCCCGACGGCGGCAGUUUACGAGCCGAAAUCGUCCGAUAUUUGAUCGCCUACGUUCCUGAGAACCAAAUGCAAGCCGACACCCGUGUCCAGCUCCUUUAUUUCAUUAUCAGUACGGCGCAGGUAAGAAUUGCAGUUUUUAGUUAUAGAAUAAUGAAAAAAAUAUAAUUGCCUUGGUUUUCAAAAAGUCCACCGUUUCCUUAAGAUUUCUGAAAAGGCUGAAAAAAAUUGAUCUUACUAAAUUUUCAUUUUUUUAUUUGUAGAAAGAUGAAAAAAAUGUAACAAAAGGCAUUCCAUCCGUUCGAGUAAGAGACCCAUGAAGCUACAAAUUUUGAAAAAAAGCCGUUUAAAUUCUCCCUUUUUUUCCAAAUUUAUGUUUCAAACUUCAAAAUUUCAAUUAAAAAAACAACUUUUUUUGUUUUUGAGCAGAAAAAUUAAACUUUUGCUGCCUUUCUACCAUUUUUCUUUAUUCAGAAAAUCCCGAAAUCCUUGAGCUUUUCUGCACUAAAAACAGUUUCUAUAUUAGUUCUUUUUGGUGGUUUUUAUUUAAACUUGAAAAGUUGACGAUUCUCAGCCCGGAGCUGAGCAGCAAUGGCUGAAAUGCUGUCUUUGGAUCGAUUGGCUCGGAUUCGAUCCGGGGACCUGCGACUUCAAAAUGAUGGACGCCGCUUUCGGGACAGUCAAGUAAGAAGAAAAAAGAGUCGUUGUAUAACUGUUGGAUUUGAGGUACGCGCUGUUGAUGAACACCAGUUCGGGCCAAGUUCUGGUCAAUUCUUCGAUUGGACCUCAGCUGGCCAAUUCUCUGCUGGAAUAUGUUUGUAAGGUGCAUUUUCAUUGAAUUAUUCACCAAUUUCAACUCGAAAAAAGUAGAUUUUUUGAACUGUUCUGUCGGUUUUUACGUUUUUAUUAAUCAUAGUAGAGUGAAUUAUUUUUGAUUUUCUGAAAUUAAUGAGCUUAUUAAUUGAUGACUGCGCUUUUUUUGAAAUUCGCUAAAUUUUCAUUAUUUUGAAAUUUAUUUUUAAAAUCAACAAAAAAACCAAAAAAACCGCUUGAGGGACCACUUGAGCUCUAGGAGCUUGAGGUCAGACCCUAUACCCCUAUAGGGACCUUCUAGAUUAUACCAUUAUGAGAGACACCAACAUAAUAGACGCUUUUUUCUCUCGUAAACACUAUAGGGCCCACUCUAACGCUCCUAAGUGGGGGAACUCCUGUCAAAAAUUGAACAAUUCUUGAAAUAAUUUUAUCGGUUUUUUUACGUCUCGUAUUUUUUUGUAUAAAAAAAUUUAAAAAAAGUUUUUCGGAUGAACUCGAUUGAAAAAAAUGCCUUUUUUUCAAAUUUUCUCCAUUAAAAAGUUUUUUUGUGUUUCAGGCCGCCACCCUGUUCUUGCCCUCAGCCUCUGAAAGUAUUUUGAGAAGCCUGAAUCUUGCCAUGAGAGCCAUUGCGGACCAAUAUGGACAGUUAGUUUUAAUGAAAGUUUAAAAAAGAGAAACCUAUAAACAUUUUGUUGAACACGGGGAGGUAUUUGUGUAUGAAUUUGGAUAUUUUCUGAAAUUUAGCUUGAAAUCAAAAAUUUGCAUUGAACACAAAUUGGUCUGAAUCUUACAUUUCGCAAAUUUAAAAUUUCAUAUCCUCGAAGUUGAAAUUUUCAUCGAUUUGGGAGAUUUUUUUGGACCUGAAGAGAUUUCUGAAAAAGUUCUGGAAAAGUCAAAGAAUUUGUUCUCCAAAAGGAAAAUUCUGCGAGGAAUUUUUUUUAACCUUCAGAUAAUUUUCCGAAAAAGUUACAGAAAAUCUCAGAAAACUUGAACGGAAAUUUGUGAGAGAUCGUUUCUAGACCUUCAUUCUGAAAAAAAUUCAGAAAUUUCCAGAUAAAAUGUUUCGAAGUUGACCUUUUACACAAAAUCAGGUCUGAAACAUAAAUUUUGCAAUUUUAAAACUUAUUUUUUUGGAAGUAAAAUUUUGCACGGCUAGUGAAAGAUCUGUAUUUUUAAUAUUUUUGUGUAAUUUUGACAAGGCGGAUGACUUUCACCCCUGAUUUCCCAGAAGCUAGACAUUUUUGCACGUUGAGACUCUCAGGAUCUUUUCUGGUACAUCAAGAAGUCUUUUGACCAAGAAAAUUCAGAAAUUUCCCAGUCGCAAAGUAAAAUGACUUUCCUUGCAAGAAAAGUUUCAAAAACCCCUAAACUAUAAUUAUCUUGAUAGAUAUCGAGUUUUCAGGAACCUGCAGCCGAUCCUCGAACAUCACCGGAUCGACCGGAAAGUCCACGAAGGGAUGCGGGAGAUCUGGCGAGACUUCCUCCGCGGGAAAGAGCCGCCGACUUCUCAGCCCCAAACCGUCCCCGGGGCUCCAGUUCUGACUCCGCCCGCCGCAAAUCACAUGUAUUUAUGGCUUUUGUUCCCAUAAGUAUUGAAUUCACUAUCAUUUACUAAUUUAAAAUUCAAUAGUUUUAGGAAAAGAAAUAUUUCGAAAAAUGUUAAUUUUAUCGCCCCCUUUUUUUCUAAGUUAGCGUUUUUUUGUGUUUUUUUAACGAAAAUUCAUCAAUUAAUUGCGAAGAAGUUCGAAAAAAACAAGUUCAAAAAAAUCGAAAAAAUAAUAAAUCGUACUUUUUCCAGAAUCCCUCCGAAAAAAACGGAAAAAUCGAAGAACCGGCCGAGGUUUGUUAUAUUCGAACUUUGAAAAAAAAUAAUUUUUUCUCUUUACUGAGCUUUUUUUUUGAUUUUAUGAAUGAAACUUCAAAACUUUUUUUAUAAUUUUUCCUAGCUUAGUUAUAGAAAAUCAUUAUUUCAUUGAAAGUAGUGUGUUUUCGAUUUUAUCUCCACAGUGAUACUUAGGAUCCACAGAGUGGGCACUUAAGGGGCAACCUUAGUAAUUCUUGUAGGUUCAUCUAGAAGGACCUCAUUACCCCCACUUGUAGGGGCAGAAAAGCUUGCAAAAGUGGCCACCAUAGGAGCUUGUUUUGUUUUAGUUAGUGGCCACUCGAUUGGAGCAAGCUAGAGGUCUUUUCACGUCUUUUUGACUGUAAAAUCAGAAGAAACACCCCUAUAGAGAGCGCUUGAACUUUAGGAGCUUACCAGGGAACGUUUUUUUUUAUAUUUUUUCCGAAUAAGACACAUAUUACAGUUCAUCGAACUCGAAGAUGACAGUAAACCUGCGAAGAUUUCGGAAAAGUCGAGAAGUCGAUCGAAAAACGCCGAAGAGGCCCCUCCAAUCAUCGAUCUCAACGCGUUGAUGAAGAGGCUGAAAGGGGAAACGAGGGCCAAAAUCGAGGCUUUAAGGUGUGAUUGACUGUCGCAUUUGGAAUGGCUAGCCUCGCCCGACCCGAAACGACUUGCGCAUUUCGACAUAGUAAAGCUUUGAAUACCAAAUUUUGAGGUUUUCAGCUACAUUUAGAAAGUAAAGAAUCAAUUUUCAAAAAAAGUAAUUGAUUCUUAUUUGAUAAAAAAAUGAUUUUUUUCAAAUUUCUUUGUCGAAAAAAAGUCGAUCCCAAAGCCACAAUUCAUUAAAGUUUCAUACUUUUUUUACAGAAAAAUCAAAAGUUCAAAAUUACAUUUUUUUAUUAGUUUUUAGUCGUUCUAAAUACGACCAAGGUGUCUCAAAACGAGAACAAAAUCGAUGGAUUCUUUCAGGGCCAAGUACAAAAAAGAGCUGACGGACGACGCGGACCGAAGCGAGGCCAUUGAAGAUAUCAUUCAGUUUAUUUUCACUAAUGUCAUUUUUUUAUUCAUUGGUUAAUUAAGAAGAAUUUUUUCUCAUAUCGAAUGAGAUAUCUAUUUCAAAAAAAAGUUUUCCAGCAUGCAUUUAAAAAAAUGUUGAAAAAAAGAUAUGUUGGGUCUGACCCUGAAACGGUCCUUAUAGGGAAUUUAUAGUUUUUUUGUUAAGAUUUCAAAUUAAAAAAAGAGGUAGUCAGUAAAAACUUGAUCGACUCUUUCGUUAUUUCCGUAUGAAAAUCUUUUGAAGAGUUUAUAACAGAAAUCGACUUGCAUAUUCCACACAGGGGUCCCUUUGCAAGCUUCGGAAAUUCAUAAGUAUAAAAUGAGGUACUAUAAGAGAAUUCUGAGUUCUCAAUUAUUACAAAAGAGUUCAUAAAGAAUAUUAUUUUCAGGACGAUAAAUUGGAGGAUAACGAAAUUGAAAACGCCGGACUUUGUCUUUGGGCGAUCGCUGGCAAAAUUACCAAAGAGGGUAAUUUCCAGGAAAAUGAAAAAUAAUGGAAAAGAUUAUUGUUUCAAGGUGAAUCGGUCCUACCUGACGGUUAUAACGAGAAGGGUCCACUUGAGUGCUUUUCCCAUCCGGCUUAUACCAUCGUCCGAAACCUUUGGUGAGUUUCGGGAAGGAAAAAUGGAAUGUUUUCCAAACUUUUUUUAUUAGAACUUGUUACAUUUUUUUCAUUUUUUUGUUAUUUUUUGAUUUUUUUCUAUGAAAAAAAGAAGAAAGAAUAGAAAAAAACUGUUUUAAGUUUUUGGUUUAAAAAGCCGAGUUUUCUGUUUUUUUCUAAAGAAAUUCGAGUUUCGAAGAAUUUAUUAUUAUCGGUUUUUUUCCACAUUUACUUUUUAAAAGAUCGGAAAAAUUUUUUUAGGUUUUUGAAAAAAACCAGGAAAUACAGUUCGUAGUGUACUAUUUUUUUGAAAAAACGGAAAAAACAAGUUUCUUAAUUCUGAAGUUUUUUUCUUCUUUAUAAAAAGCGAAUAGUUAAAAAUGCAUUCUAACUUUAAAGAUUGUUACUUUCAGAAAAAAUUAUGAAUGUGAUUUUUUGAUUUUUUUUUUUUCUCAAAUUUUUAUCUUCAAACUCGAUACUUAUUUUUAAAAAUCUAUAGGAUUUUUCAGUAUAGAAGACAUUUUUGCAGCACCCCAACUACACCAGAAACAGCUUCCGACAACAUGAUCACAAUGGCGGCUGGCAUCAGAGAGAAAGAUCCCACCAUUUCUUAUCUUUUCCUUUUUCACAUAAAGGUAAGAAGAGUUCGAGGCUUUUCAGGUGUAAGAUUCCGAAAAAAUUUAAAUUCUGAUACGGGAAAUUGGUAGAAUCUCUUAAAAUCUAAAUGAACUUUUUAGUUUGGAAUAACGUUUCAAGUUCAAUUACUAAAAUAAUUUAACAGCUGAAUGACUGAUAUGUCGAAUGGUGUCGAAGAAGUGGUCCCUAGAGAGAUAAGAAAAAAAAACAGGACCCUCUAGAGGAGUUUUUUUGAGGCAAAAUAAUUAGAACAUAAGUAGGGAAAAAUUACGCGGGAAAUUUGAUUGAAAAAUCCGUUUUUUUCUGCCUCGAAAUUUUUUUCAUUUUUUUUAAGAAACGGUGAUUCCGCAGGAAUUUCAAUUGAAAAAGUGCAGAAAAAUUUGAAAAAAAUUAAUUUUAAAAAAAGAUGGGAUAUCAGGAUACUCCUCGAUUUUUCUAUUCUUUUUACUUUUUAUAAAUAUUCUUUCUGAUUCAUUCGAUUCCUUUCAAAGGGUACCGUAACGAACGCAGCCGGCGUCCGGGAAUGUCUGGAAUGUUACAGUGAGGUGGCGAGAGCCUGUGAGAAGGACGUCUCUGAAAUGCUCGUAUCCGAUCUCCAGGUUCUUUUUUCAAAAACAAAAUAGAAAAUGUAGAAAAAAAGCAUUUUUUUCUGAAAUCAGUUCUUUAAAUUCGAGAAAUCAUUCAUAAGGCGUGUUCACCAAAGUUGCUCCCUCCAAAACAGUACUAAUUUUUGUUUUGGAGCAAUUUUCGUUCUGUCCGAAGAAAACGCCAUUAAAAAAAAAAAAAACAACUUUCACGAAACUUUCCUGUUUCAAAACUUCAUUUCGAUUGUCACGGGUUCAAGAAGUUUUCUCUCAUUUUCACCUGCUAUUUGCACGUUUUUAUGAUCUAGCCCCUGAGAAGGGAGAGUGCAGAUAAGUCUGAGAUACGAAAUUUAUGAAAAAGGCCAAGACUUUUUUUCUAAGCGCUGCACUUCAUUGAGAUUUUCAUUUUUCAGAAAAAUCAAAAAUUAGUUUUUUCAAACUGUUUUUAAUUUCAGAAAUCAUUUUUUCAGAACUGCGCCAUCAAUGAUGUCCGACUAUUUUCCUAUAUUCUACCAUUUGUUUUCCAAAAAGUUUGGAGAAGAUGUCGUUUCUUCGCCUGAUGUUGGUGGUAUCAUAGGAUUUUUUUAAGAAAAAAAUAUAUUUUAUUAUUUUUUUGAAAUGAGAAAAAAACUUUUUGAAAAAGAUCUUCAAUUUAAACGAAUUCUUCGCUAGGGACUUUUUAUUUUUAAAAAAACGAAAAAAAUAAGAUAGGAGUAUUCGGACUUAUUUCGGUGGAUGUUUCACAUAAUUUCACUUUUUAGAAAUUUUUUUUGUUCAUGUAGCUUAUUUUCUUUAAAUUUUUAGUUUUGUCAAGAAGUUUUGUUAUUUAUGAAUGAUCCUUUUUCGUUUCACCAGUUUAAGUAGUUUCAAGGUACAUUUUUGAACUCUAUGCAGUAUAUUUUUUUAAGAAUUUCCCCACUACAACCCCAGAAAAAUCAUUUUAAAAGUUUGAUUUUUAUGCAGAUGAUCGAAGUUUUGUGUGCAAAUGUGGACGCUACCCAGUUGAAGAAUUUCAUCGGUGAUAUUAUAAGGUGACUUCCCAAAAAAAGAAGAAUAUACAAUCGAUUUUAAAGAGAAAACAUACGGUUAUUCCGACGGGAACAGUUCAACAACAUUUUGGCGGCUUCGUUGGAAUGGUCUACCGUUUCUCAAUGGGUUUUCUGGCAUUUGGGUUGGUUUUUUGGGCCUUUUCGGCUUGGAUCUCGGGUUUUUUGAACUGAAAACCAAGUUCAAAGAAGUACUUAUAAGUGGAGAAGACACAAAAAACAAAAAAUUUGAGCCGGUUUUUCGGGUUUUUUGGAUUCUAAAAUUUUCCGACUUUCGCUCUCUUCAGUUCACGCCGAAGGGAUUCCGAUCGAAUGGGUCGUCUCAAUAAUUCCGAAACUUUCAAAUGAACAACACCAGGAAGCUCUCACCAACGUAUUGUUGAUGCUCAAAAGAAUGGGUAAAUUUGGUUCUUUUUCCUAUUUUUAAAAAGGUUCUGAGGCACAAAUAAAUAAGAAAUAAUCGAAGAAAGAGUUGAAUAUGAUCGAAAAGGCGAUUUAUAGACAUUUGAUCAUAUUAGAAAUAUCCCUUAUAAGACCAAGAAUAUAAAUCAGGGCUUGAUUUUCGAACAAAUUUUAAAAAGAAACAUUGAAACAGUAAAAUGUGAUUUCGAACGAGGUGAAAGAGAAAAAAAGAAGGUUUUCCAGCUUCAAUACAAGGGCAAUCUUGUUUUUUUCUAUAGAUCUAAAUGUGGCAAACGGAAAAAAAGUUGUUAACUUGGUCUUUUAAAAACUUGAUAUGAAGAGAACAAUUUCAAAAAAACUGCUUCAAAAUGAAUUUUCGAGAAAGAAAAAUUUCAGUAUAAUUUUUCAUUUUUUUCAGACCGCGAAUGUUGGCCGGCUCUCAUAAGAACCAUAUUUUUUUGAGGGUUCCAAAUAAAGACGAUUAUUUCACGAUCGAUGCGUUGAAGGUUUGUUUCAAGAUUUUCUGACUGAAAAAAAUAAUUUCAAUAUUUUUUUGUCCGAAAAUGAUAAUAAUGAGAUUUGAGCUUAUAACAUAUUUGAAAAAAACAAUAUUCCGAAUUUUUAUUUCUUUUCAGGUUCUCAUCGAAGAUCCCGAAAAUUGCCAACGAGUCGCCGAGUUGAUCGGCGCUCUGAUGAAAAAAAGCAACUUUCGGUAAUUAUUCAAAAAAAGUUUUUUCGAAUGAUUCAAUUUUUUUCAAGGAGAACAGCAUCAUCGGCAUUAUCAGCAAGGCGCCGGGCAAAAAAGGUGUCCAGAAAUUGUGUCUUCAACAGGUAAAAAUUGGAAAAAAAUAAGAAAUUCUUUGAAAAGAAAAAUGGCCUGCAACGAAAUUCAAAACAGGAUUUUUCAAAUUUUUAUUAGGAAUACUCACAUAAAAUUUUGAGUUGAUGGAAAGGUUUUGGAGCCCAAAAACUUUCAGAAAAACUGACUUUUAACAAGGUAACUCUUUUUGGCUUUCGGUUGAACUUCUGAUGGAACUUGGCUAAAUUGUCCCUUACACCUUACAUUAUUAGGACCUCCUAAUCCAAUGGAAAAAAAAGAACAAUUAUCAUAUUAAAUCGUUUUCGAUUUAUGAAGCUUGAAAGUUUGCAAAAUAAGCAAUUUAAUAAAAAAAAAAGCGCUGUUUCAAGCUUUUGAAACGUCCAAAUUCGAGAACAAGAUAUGUUGCGAGAAUUAUUCUCCCUGUUCUGGAAUCAGGAAGCCCUGAAGUUCAUUGCAACCGAGUUUCGUCAAAGCUCAAUCGGGUGCUGAAAAAUCGUUCCCUUGAAAGAACCAAGAACCAGUUCUUGAUAUAUUCAUAUUCAGUUUUUCUUUUUCUUCUUUUUUUUCUCUUUUUGAUGUUUAAUUAAAUCGUUGAAUCCGAAAGAAAGAAAAUUUUUUGCUAGGUCCUCGAACACUUGACGCUAUUCACGGAAUUGUGUCUGACGAGGGACAAAAAAGUCUCGGAAAUGUUCCUCUCGAAGCAUCACAUGCAAGAAGCCAUCGCUUCGGUCAAAUCGUCAGUUUUCCCCGAUUUUUUGUGAUUUUUCGCAUAUUUCGAGCAUUUAGAAAUGAAAAAGCGACGGUAUUACGGUCGAAAUAUGGCCAAUUAUACGCGGUCAUGGACAUUUUGAGUGAACAGGAGCAGACUUCGUCGAGGACUUUGAGGGGGAAUAGGUUUAUCCAUUUAUUCAUUUUUUGGGAAAGGGAAUCGAUGUAAUUUUUGCAGAACUGGAACUGCCACGAGCUCGCCCACAAAUGAUAAAAUCAUGAAGAGGAAAAAUGCCGAUGAGGUUUGUUUCUUUCAAAAAAUGAAGAAAAUCAGUUGAAAUUGGAUAUUCGAAUGCUUUUUGAUACAGAAAACAACAAAUUUUCAAUUUUUUUGAAUUUUUUUCAAAAGAGUUUAAUGGAGCACACUUGUUUAGAACUUUUUUUCGGAUUCAUCUUUUUUUCAUAUUUUACUGAAUCAUACGUCGGCUGGAUCCCACUCCGGGGUGCGGCCUACAGGCACACAACCUGUUGCGCUACGGCGCGCCCCAUAGACUUUAGUAUUAAUUUUUAUCAAUUUGAGAACAUUUUCUAUAAAUCGAUUUCAGGAAGAAACCAACGGGAACAGCCAGAAGAAGCGGAAAAGGACGAACCGGGAGAUCAUUCAGCUGGAUUCGUCGGACUCGGAUUAG